GUGCCGACCCCUGCACAGCUUGCUUAUCGACCAGGCACCCUGCUGAAGGAGCCAUCUCAGGCACGAACUAUCUACGUCAGGGAGCGUCUCCUCCGCCACACCGGCGGCAGCGACGAAGCAACACCAACCGACCGGGACAUCCAUCCCCUCCAGCCCACGCCUCCCUCACUCUCCCUCUCGCGCGCGGACCAUGAAGUCGAGUCUCUUCUUCCUCCCGCUGCGGCGGCGGCGGCUGCUACCGCCGCCGUGGCUACUGCCGCUGCUGCUGCUAGGGCUAGCGUCGCUGGCGGGGCCGGCGGCGGCCAAGGUUACCCCGAACGGCGCCAUGGUUUGGGACGGUAACGGGUGGAUCGCGCUCUGGGACGACGACGAGGCUCCGCGGCCCCCGCCGCCCAAGACGACCUCAUGGAAGCGCUCGGACACGUCCAUCUUCGUCGGCGUGAGCUCCUUCCGCGACAAGCGCUGCCCGCAGACCUUGGUGAACUUCUUCAGCAAGGCCAAAUACCCCGAAAGGAUCACCGUCGGGGUCGUCCAGCAGAACGACCACGAGGACGUGGACUGCGUCGUGGAGUACUGCAAGAUGAUGGGGGGCCACGCGGAGGGCCCCCUUUGCCCGUACUUCGACAACAUCAAGACGCUGAGGGUGGAGGCGAGGUGGGCGGCUGGCCCCUGCUACGGCCGGCACUUGCAGUCAUACAUGCUGCGGGACGAGGAGUUCUGCAUGCAGACGGACAGCCACAUGGACGUGGUGCAGGACUGGGACGCGAAGCUCAUGGCCAUGUGGGGCCGCGUCAACAACGAGUACGGCAUCCUCACGACGUACGUGCACAAGAUCGAGCAGCUGCACGAGGGCUACGAGAACAAGAAGGAGGUGCCGCACCUCUGCCAGCUUGGCUUCACGGAGACCGGAAACCACCCGAGGUACGUGCAGGCGAAGCUGGCGACCAAGCUGCCUUCCCCCAAGCUCACCAACACGUGGGCGGCGGGGCUGAGCCUGGCGAAGUGCCACGCCUGGAAGGCCUCGCCGUACGAUCCGGGACUGCGCAAGGUGUUCGACGGUGAAGAGUUCUCGAUGCACGCGCGCCUAUGGACCAGGGGUUAUGACACCUACACCCCGGACAAGAGCCUUGUCGGGCACGACUACAAUAAGGUCAAGGAGGGCCCACAACCGUCCAGCUGGUUGAACAACAAGAUGGUGGCAGGCGCGAAGGACCUGGCCUACAAGCGCAUGUUCACGCUUUUCGGCAUGCCGGGCAAGGUGGACACGGAGGAGAUUUGGGAGUCGAUUGGGCAGUACGGGCUCGGCACCAAGCGGACCCUGGAGCAGUACCAGGAGUUCAUCGGGGUCAACUUGACCACGCUAGAGAUCAUGGGCUCGAGGUGCGGCACCCUCACGUAUGUCCCCUUCGAGGAGACCUGGCCCCCGACAGAGAACAACCUGGCGGGACCCUACUGGGAGCGCCGCCGCGCGGGGCGGGGCAUUCAUGCCCCGGGCUACACACCCGUCCUCUCGGGCCCGUCCAAGUACGUACGAACGGGCGGAUCCUCCCGCGGCGGCAGGCCCGGGGUGGGGUGGGGUAAGGCCUUUUUGAAGAAGUUCAAGCUGUUCUGCGCGUUCGCGUUCACCUUCGCGGCGAUAGGGGCGUGCGCCCUGGGGUUCGCGAGCUGCUUCGCGGGGGGGGGCGGCGGGGCGGGGGCACGGCGACGAAAGGGGGCGGGGGGGGGAUCCAGGAAGCCGAGAGGGAGGCAUCAGUGGGCGAGGCGCGCCGGGAUACUGGGGGCGAGAAGUGAAGAAUAGAAUUUGAGACAUAAGGCGGGCGGGCGGGGGGUGUACGUUGUGGUGGGUACAUGCACGCGCAGCCGCACCGCCCCACCACCUACGUGUUUUGGUCCGUUAUGGGUGUUUCGAGUGCGUUUUAAGUGGGUUGAGAUUUUCGUCGAUUUGUCGUGCCCAGAAAACGGUGCAGGUGUGGUGGAAGUUUGAAAUCUGAGGGCUUACUUUUUUUUGUCGCUCAAGUUUCUUUUCGUUUUUUCGAGUGGGAACGAGUUUUCCCUCUGUAUGCAUAUGACUUCCCGAACGUUCUCCUGAGUUUUGUACCUAGGUGUGUGCCAGUCCGUUUUGUGUCCACCACGCGGAGGCGUACUUUCUGAGUCCGGUCGGAUUGGAAGGUCCUGUGCCUUUGCGUGUACGUUGGUUCAAUGUUUUGUUUUGAUUUUCGUGGUGGAGUAUCGUCAGUAGACGUUGCUUUUGUGGGGUUAGCUUUUUAUUUUUCCUCUACGGUGCGACGGCUGUUCAUCUGACCAACAAACGAUUGUUUGCAUCUGAUGUUGUACAGCAGAACCAUUCGAGAGGUACUAGGGUAGGGAGCUGGUUUUCGGGCGAAAGCCAAAGCAGACCCAACCGUAACUAGCCUACAGUAUCUGUUCUUCGUUCACGAUGGUUCGCGAGAACGUCCAUUUUGCAUCCGUCCACACGCGGAGGAUACUGGUCUUGUUACUGGAAGGAACAUGUGCCCUAUUAAUAACAAAAUCAACAAGGAGGGUUUCUGUGACAAAAGCCAUUUAUGUACACUACACAUCGUCCGGGAGAAGACGUUUCUUGCUGUUGUGUUGCAUCGGUCGUGAGGUUUUCUGAGCCCAUUCUGCGAACUUCGGAGAGCACGCAAAAAAUUCCAAACUUCAUGAGUCUUGGACUCUUUCCUCAGAGAUCGAUUCGUUGUGUCAUUUUAAGGGAAAAUGCGCACACACACACUUCUUGUCAAAAUGAGGAC